AUGAGCGACCCGUGCGAGUGCUUCUUCGACCACGAAACCGCCAUGCAGAGACUUCUCGCCAUGGUAUUGCAAAAUCUGUUUUGACGCACUUGCACGAAUCCGAUUGGAUCGUAACUUUGCAGGCUUUUUGGAAUUGGAUGGAAGUAUUCUGGGUCCAAGUUUCAAACCGAUUGGAUCGUCUCGACUCGAGAUACGCAAUUUUCGCGAAAACUCGGCCUUUUCGGCCUCUGCUCCACAUAUCUCGAGACCAAAUGAUCCGAUCGGUCUGAAACUUGGGCCCAAUAUACUUCAACCCGCGUCCUAAAAGCCUGCAAAGUUUGGCCUCGAUCAGAUUACUGCAAGUGGGUAAAAACUCCACCGAAACUUGCCCAGCCCUGCCUAGAAGACAAUGAAUUCCAAAAAAAUAACCCUCUAUUUUUUCAGCUGCGAAACUCGCAGGCGGACUGCACAGACACGGGAUGCGACACGGACAACCUGAGCCGCGAGGGCGGAUCCGCGAUGUUCCUGUGGAGCCUUUUGUGGACGUUCAUGGCGAUGGCCCUCUACGUGAUGCGCCCCAAUUCGAUGCGGUCCGGCACGCGCAACGCCGAGACGGCCAGCGAGAAACCGAUCGGCGGAGCCAGCGGAGGAGGAGCCGACAAUGUGAGCGAAAUUUUCAUAAAUUUUUCAAUUCUCCCAAUUUUCUCUCGAAAUUCCACAGUCUGACCGGUCAAUUUCAUCCCGAAUACACUUUUCUUAUCGGAAAAAAAGACAAGUCAGCAAAAACGGUUACAUUGCAAUCAUUCUCUCGAUUUUGCUCGUAAAAUCCGCCUGGAACACGGACUUUUAUGAUUUGUGAAUGAAUUUGCGAUAAAAAUGUGUGGUGCUGAUUUUUGAGCUCUAAAAAUUGGGAAAAUGGGUGAGAGGGGUUUGAAAAUCGAAAACAGUUCAAAACUUACAGGACGACACUCCGCCGCCGCCGCCACCGCCUUCCGCCUUUUGA